CGAAAAAAAAAAAGGGAAAAGUAACUCGGCAAAGGAGAAAACUCAUGGUGGUUAAAGCACGCUCGGAAGGAGGAGGGGGACGCAGUUCGGUUAUUUAUCGGAUCCUCUAGUUUGUGAGAGCGCAGACUGCACCUGAUGAGCUGCCGGUGGAGUUUCUCUGGAUGGUACCGAGUCCUCGCUCCAAAGUUGGAUUUAUGCGGCUCAGAUUCCCAACAGAGAUCUCGGAAAGGCGUUCGGUUCGAGACUUGUUGGUUUUGAGUUUUUCCUUCUUUUUUUUAAACCACUGUUCCUAAUUUAUUCAGUUGAUAUUUAAUUUUUGUGGUGGCUAAUUGUUCCGACGCUUUUGGAAGUUUGUGUUGGAGGCAGUUCUGGAGACGGAGAGCAGCUGGAGUCGGACUCGGACUGUCCUUUAACAUUUGGCUCCUGCGUGUUUUCAGCGGCCGCUGCGAAGGACUGCCUUCUUCUUCUUUUCUUUUUUUUUUACCAACACUUUUUUACUACUUUCUUCGAGUUAAAUGUUUCCGAAAGCCCGGUUCUUUUUCUUCUUCUGUGAAUUUCUCCGGCGUCGGACUCCGGAGGGAGAAAGUUGGGAGCGAGGACUCGUUUCGGGGGAUGAAUCCCGCUGAGACGGACGCGAAGUUGUCCCUGCCAGCCUUUGUGCCGCAACGAGAUUAGUUGAUGAGCUGCGAAGGGUCCCCGCUCCUCCCGAACCGAGACUGAUCGCAGUUCCCCCCCAGCCUCUGGGCACCGGGAGACCGGGAGAGCUCCGCCGCCGCGCUGCCGCUGCUGGACUGGAUACAAAAUGGCGGCGUCCCGGGGACGGCUCGGAUGCGUUUCUCGCUCUGUUCUUUAUUUAAUGCUGUCGCUGGAGCUGCUGAACACUUUGGGACUGUGUUCGGACGCACCUUGCCCCCAGAACUGUACCUGCGGCGGGGAUUCGGUGGACUGCAGCGGCCUGGAGCUGGCAGUCCCGCCUCUGGACCUUCCAGUCCGGACUGUGUCCCUAAAUCUUGGACACAACAAGCUGGCCUCCAUCAGCGCCGAAGCCUUCGCCAAUCUUCCUAACUUGCGAGAACUGCGCUUGGAUCACAACGAGCUGACGUCCAUACCCGAUUUAGGACAAGCUUCCUCCAAAAUGAUAUCCCUCUACCUACAUCAUAAUAAGAUCCGCAACAUCGAUGGCAGCCGAAUCCUGGAGCUGGUUUCUCUGGAAACGCUGGACCUGAGCAACAACGACAUCACUGAAGUGCGGGGGGACGGCUUCCCGGCAGGACUCCAGAUCAGAGACCUAUACCUCAGCAACAACAAGAUCAGCACGCUGCAGCUGGGCGCUCUGGACCACCUGGGCUCGACGCUGCAGGUCCUGAGACUGAGCCGGAACCGCAUCAGCCAGAUCCCAAUCCGAGCCUUCCAGCUGCCGAGGCUCACCCAGCUGGAGCUGAACAGGAACCGCAUCCAUCAGAUCGAGGGUCUGACCUUCCAGGGCCUGUCCAGUCUGGAGGUGCUGAAACUGCAGAGGAACAGCAUCAGCAAGCUGACCGACGGAGCCUUCUGGAACCUGUCCAAGAUGAAAGUCCUUCACCUGGAGUACAACAACCUGACGGAGGUGAACAGCGGCUCCUUGUACGGCCUGAGCUCGCUUACGCAACUCUUCCUCAGCAACAACUCGGUGGCCCGCAUCAACCCAGACGGAUGGAAGUUCUGCCAGAAGCUGAGGGAACUGAAUCUGUCGUACAACAACUUGACUCGUCUGGACGAGGGGAGCCUGGCUGUGCUGGGGGAUCUGCACACGCUGCGCCUGGGCCACAACUCCAUCAGCCACAUCAACGAGGGCGCCUUCAGGGGCCUGAAGGCCCUACGAGUCCUGGAGCUAGACCAUAACGACAUCUCUGGCACAAUAGAGGACACCAAUGGGGCCUUCACUGGAUUGGACAAGCUCAAUAAGCUGACUCUGUUUGGAAACAAGAUUAAGUCGGUGGCCAAGAAAGCUUUUGCCGGCCUGGAGACCCUGGAGCACCUGAACCUGGGGGAGAACGCCAUUCGGUCCAUCCAGCCCGACACGUUCAGCAGGAUGAGGAACCUCAAAAGCCUCCUCAUUCAGAGCAACAGUUUCCUCUGUGACUGCCAGCUCCAGUGGUUGCCCGUCUGGCUGCAGAUGCAUGGCCUGCAGGCGGGUGUAAAUGCCACAUGUGCCCACCCAGUGAGCCUGCAGGGCACCAGCAUCUUCGAGGCGCCACAAGCCAGCUUUGUGUGUGACGACCUCCCUAAGCCUCAGAUCACGGUCCAGCCGGAGAACACGGUGACGGUGCUCGGCAGCGAUGUGCGUCUCACCUGCACGGCGGCGAGCAGCAGCUCCUCCCCCAUCACUUUUUCCUGGCGCAAAGACCAGGAACUGCUUCGCCACAGCGAGAUAGAGAACUUUGCACAUGUGCGCCCGCCGCAUCAAGGCGCGACGCCCGACACCUCGGCCAUGGGAGCAGGUGUGAUGGAGUACACCACCAUCCUGCACCUACGGCGCGCCACCUUUGCUCACGAGGGCCGUUACCAGUGCAUCAUCACCAACCACUUUGGCUCCACCUACUCCAACAGGGCCCAAGUUGUCGUCAACGUGCUGCCGUCCUUCGUGAAGACUCCCAGGGACAGUACCAUCCGCACGGGCCACACCGCCAGGUUGGAGUGCGCCGCGGAGGGCCACCCCACGCCCCAGAUCGCCUGGCAGAAAGACGGCGGCACGGACUUCCCAGCCGCCCGGGAGCGCCGCAUGCACGUCAUGCCCGACGACGACGUCUUCUUCAUCACCAACGUGAAGCCCGAGGACAUGGGCGUGUACAGCUGCACCGCCAAAAACACGGCGGGCACCGUCUCGGCCAACGCCACCCUCACCGUGCUGGAAUUACCCCACCUGGGCCAGGAGAUGGAGAACCGCAGCGUGGUGGUGGGAGACACGGUGGCCCUGCAGUGCAAAGCCCUCGGCAGCCCGCCCCCGCGCAUCACCUGGCUGCACGACGACCGGCCGCUGGCCCCCUCCGACAGGCACUACUUCACCCCGGGCAACCGGCUGCUGGUCAUCGGCCAGGCCGAGCCGGAGGACGCCGGCCGCUACACCUGCCUGAUGUCCAACACGCUGGGCACGCAGCGCGCCCACAGCCUGCUGGUGGUGACCCAGGGCAGGUGUGUGCCGCCGGAGGGCCUCAGCACGGUCACCAUCGCCAUCAUCGUCAUCGCCGUGGUGAUGAGCAUCGUGCUGACGUCGCUGGUGUGGGUCUGCAUCAUCUACCAGACGAGGAAGAAGAGCGAGGAGUGCAGCGUGACCAACACGGACGAGACCAUCGUCCCUCCGGACGUCCCCAGCUACCUGUCGUCCCAGGGGACUCUGUCCGAGCGGCAGGACGUGUGCAUCCGGGUGGAGGCAGGAAGCGGCCCCCAGCCCAACGGCCAUGUCGUGGACCCCUCAGGUUUCGACGGAGCUGUGGUUUGCACGGACUGCAUGGAGAGCGGCACCAGCUACUCCACCGACAGCGGCUACCUGAGCCACGGCUUCGGCUUCGCUCGGGGCGCCGAGUACCACCAGCAGCAGCAGCUCGCCCCCCCGCCGUAUUCCCGCUGUAACCCGGGGGAGCCGAGGGACACGAGGCCGCUCUGCAACGGCACCCCCCACGGGACGCGAAGGGACGCGCAGGGAUCCGCUCUCCCCAAAAACCACAACACGAUAGAGUGGAGCCAGGACGACAGAGGAGGCAGCAGAGCGGGACACACGGCGGAGGGCCGCCCCACGCCCGACGGCUCCUUCCACCAGCCGGUGAAGCUGGCCGGCCGGCCGGACACGGACUGCGAGGCCGAGCUCAGGCAGACCCUGCUGCCUAACGGACACGCCCUCAGAGCCUCUCAGAACGAGAGCGCCCCUCUGAGGAGAUCCAGCGACUAGCAGACACUGAAUGCAGCCCAAAAUGUGGACUUCUUUUUCUUCUUUUUUUUUUGUUUGCACUGGGAAAUAAACUGCUACCUCACAGCGAGGGGAACGCUCCCGAGCCUCCCGGGUCCGGACUGACGCGGGGACGCCGGGAUGGAGAGGGGAGAGUCCGGCGUUUGAAGGCGGAGCUUGUGUGGGCGGCGUCCCACCUGAGCGUUAUCAGCUGUACAUAGUUUAAAAACCUUCAUUUGGGAGGUGACCGGUUUAAAGAAUGAACUUUAGCGCCAAAAAAAAAAAAAAAUGUGACUUGCAUUUGAAGCAUGCAAAUAUAGGGAAUCUUGUACAGUGUAAACUACCUGCAGUAGGGGAGAAACAGAGAAAUAUAAAAGUGGGACUUUUGACUGUACAUAAGAGUUUUCUUAUAUAUUAUAUAACUUUUACAAAAGAGUGUUGGAAUAUAUGUGCAUGGCAAAGAAAGAAGUGAUAUUUUUAUUGUUCUUUAGGGAGAGAAACAGCCUUUUUUCAGCUUUUACCAACAUCCAGCUGCAGUGCCUUAUUGCAUGAUCAAAGACUCAACCUGUGACUUAUUUUUAUUUUAUUUUUUGUGAAAGAAACAGGUACACGUUUUAUAGCAAAACACUUGGUUGCACUUGAA